AUGUCGUCUGGUUUACAACCAAAUGAUUCGAAAACUGCCAUUUACUGUUGUUGUAUGGAGGAUACGGAGAUCAGGAGAGUCUUGGAUGCUUCGGGGUUUAUUCGAAGUGAGAUGCCAUUUAAAUACUUGGGAAUCCUAAUCUGUGCUAGAAGACUUUCAGCAUUAGAAUGUGAAGUGCUGGUGGAAAAAAUUGUUCAAAAAAUUAGAGUUUGGGGAUCUCGGAAUAUCUCUUUUGCUGGUAGAAUGACGUUAAUAAACUCUGUACUCAUCUCAAUUCACUCCUAUUGGGCACAAAUCAUGAUAAUCCCAAAGAGGGUGCUCAAGAAGAUUAAUGCAAUCUUUUGGAAUACGGCUGCAAUUGCAAAAUAUGUUUGGGCUAUUUCCUCAAAGCAAGACAAUCUAUGGGUGAGAUGGAUUCAUAGUGUCUACUUGAAAAAUGAGAAUUGCUGGGACUAUAUUUCUCCUACUAAUGGCAGUUGGUAUUGGAAGAAAAUCGUGCGAAUCAAAGAAAAAUACAAGCUUCUUACUAACUUCCAGGUUCUUAUGACAGGGAAAUAUAGUGUCCAAAAAGGUUACAAGAUGCUUUGUGAAGAACAAGAGAAGGUGCCUUGGCAUAGAGAGGUUUGGAAUCGCUAUAAUGUUCCUAAACACAGUUUUAUUACAUGGCUGGCAAUUCAAAAUCGUCUGCAGACUAAGGACAUGUUGUUUUCUUUCAACAUAUGCCAAGACACAGAUUGUUUUUUCUGUGGUGCUGCUGUUGAGACAGUAACACACCUGUUUCUUGAGUGUGAUUUCAGUUCUAGAUGCCUUUUAGAGAUCAAGCAAUGGUUAGAUUGGAAAGUGAGGAAUAGACCUCUGUUGGAGCUGUUACGGUGUAUCUCGAGGGCUAAAUUGCAGCGUUUCAAGAAACAGGUUUUGAGGACAUGA